AUGGCUUCAGGAACGCUGCCCGUGUCCGCGGCACUGCGCAAGAAGGUGCUCAAGGUGUUGUUCAUUUCGCUUCUGCUUGACUUGAUAUCCUUCACCUUCAUAUUACCCCUGUUCCCAAAGCUCAUCGAGUUCUACCGCAAUCACGAGACUGGCGAUCCGAACACGAUCCUUUCCAAGAUCCUCGCGGGUCUGAAUGCAUACAAGAAUUCGUUUGCGAAACCCAUCAAUUCGCGCUACGACAUUGUCCUGCUCGGCGGCGCACUCGGCUCGCUCUUCUCGAUAUGCCAGGCCGUCGCAUCGCCAGUGAUUGGCACGCUAUCAGACAAAUAUGGCAGACGCACAGCGCUUCUGUGGUCCAUGGUCGGCAAUAUCCUCAGCGUUGCGCUUUGGGUCGUAGCAACAGACUUCAGGACGUUCCUUGCUAGCCGAAUCGUCGGUGGACUGAGCGAAGGCAACGUCCAGAUCGCAAUGGCAAUAGCGACAGACAUCAGCGACGAUGCUCAGAGAGGAGCCACCAUGGCCCUGGUCGGCGUGUGCUUCAGCAUCGCGUUCACAUUCGGACCAGCACUAGGCGCAUACCUCUCCACCCUCCAAGUCAUGACCACCAACCCCUUCGCCAUGGCCGCCGGCUUCUCGCUCUUCCUCAUCGUCACAGAGACCAUCUACCUCUACAUCAGCCUCCCCGAGACGCUCCCAUCCGCGACCUCAACCUCCAACGGCUCUACCAACGGGCACGCAAAAACCCCCGCCGCCCCCAAAGCCCUCGUCCGCACAAACUCACACACGCUCCUGAAUGCCACGCACUUCACAUUCAUUCUCUUCUUCAGCGGCAUGGAAUUCUCCCUGCCCUUCAUGACCUACGACCUCUUCUCCUACCAAGCCAAAGACUCGGGCAAACUCCUCGGCUUCAUCGGGCUCGUCGCCUCGCUGCUGCAGGGUUCUGUUGUGCGCCGCAUGCACCCGCUCAAGGUCGUGCAGAUGGGCGUGGUCAGCUGCACGAUUGCGUUCGUCAUGCUGGGCCGCGUACAGACUCAGGGCGCGUUGUAUGGUGCUGCGGCGCUGCUGGCGGUUACGAGUGCGACGGUGGUGACGGGCUUGAAUAGUCUGAGCUCGUUUGAGGCAAGUGCUGGGGAGAGGGGGAAUAAGUUGGGGAAUCAUAGGAGUUUUGGGCAAGCUGGACGAGCCCUCGGGCCCUUGAUUUUCUGUACGCUCUACUGGUGGGCGGGACGGGAGACGGCGUAUGCCAUGGGCGCGGCAGGCAUGGUGGCUGUGAGCGGACUUGUGUUCGGUGGACUGAAGGUCCCGCCGGGUACAGAGAACGUAGGCAAGAAGGUCAAGGUUGUGGAGAAGUCGUGAGAUGACAUUAUUGUAAAUAUGUAUGAUAUCUUGCAGUUGGAUGUUGUGACUAGCCACUGCAUGUAAGUAGAAAGAAAGCUGUACAUCCUUUUUUGCUUGCUGAAAA